AUGGCUCCUCAAGAGUCGGCCACCGAAGGCCUUCGCAAUAGGAAUGCCCCCAUGCAAGCUGCUAAUCAAAGCGAGGCCCGGCAGGCGGUGCUUCAGUUAAAUGCCCUGGAGGAGAAAUCAACCAAGAAUGAAAAAGAUAGGAAGACUUUUGGCCGAACUCCCAGCGGGACUGUUUUCACUGUGCCCUAUACGCAUGAUAUGGUGUCCCAGCUUCUCUCACCGUCCGAGCCGAAGAACUUGGGCGACUUAUUGGUGCUCUUCAUUUUGUUGCUUCACAUUAUCCUUGCAUGGAGCCUUCCUUCAGUUUAUCGGACACCUAUACUCGGUGCAAUUUUUCUGUGCUGGAGAGCCGGUUACAACAUUGGCAUUGGCUGGCUUUUACACAUGCAGUCUCACCACAAUCGUUUGGUACGCUGGGGUCGAAUGUCGAAGCUGUUCCCCAGUGCCUCUAAUGAUGAGAAUCCUCGUCCCAAAUUGAGAGCCUUCGUCAAACGCGAAUUGGAAACCAAAAUUCCAAAGGACUACAAUUUUGACGAUGCACCACUUGAGUACAACACUUGGUUGGUCUUCCGUCGUAUUGUGGACCUGAUUCUUAUGUGCGACUUUGUAUCAUACAUGCUCUUUGCCAUUACCAGUGCGCGGAGCCCUCCAGGAGAGUCAAUCUUUAUGACUCUCUUGCGAUGGGGUAUUGGUGUCUCUCUUUUCAUCUUUAACCUUUGGGUCAAGCUGGAUGCACACCGUGUAGUCAAAGACUUUGCCUGGUACUGGGGUGACUUUUUCUAUCUCAUCGAUCAGGAACUUACCUUCGAUGGAGUAUUUGAGAUGGCACCACAUCCAAUGUAUUCGAUAGGAUAUGUUGGAUAUUAUGGCGCUUCCCUCAUGGCUGCAAGCUACAAAGUGCUGUUCAUCUCCAUCAUCGCCCAUGCCGCACAAUUUGCCUUUCUGGUCAUCGUGGAGAACCCGCAUAUCGAACGCACCUACAAUUCUCCACCGCCCCGUAAAUCGAUCAUUGAUAUCCCAGGUAUGCAAGAUUCUUCGGCCGCAACAGGUCAAUCUGCAUCAAAUUCACCGAUCCCUGGCCAUACACAACCUCCUCAGACACAUAAUCUGCUGGGAUUGCAGAAUUUCGAUUUCUAUCGCACGACUGAUACCUCUGUGACAAUCAUUUUGGGACUAAUGUUCGCAUUGGCCUUUGGAACACCGGAUACAACCUUCUGGAAGGCCUUCUUUGUCACUGCUGCCGCCAUCUGCCGGAUCUGGUAUUCGGUUGGUCUGGGAUACCUGCUCAAUAGGCAGUCGUUGAAGAAAAAGUGGACCAGACACUUCGUCAAGUACGGCGAACCCACCGAUGAGGCCUGGAGACAAUGGAAAGGUACCUACCACCUGGGAAUGUCCCUCUGUUAUUCAACGUUCGCAGCGGCUGCAUGGAAGAUGUAUAAUGUGCCUUCCAGCUGGGACUAUGGCAUGAUUCUCUUGAAACAUGUUAUCGGCAUAGGACUAAUAGCUUUGCAAGUCUGGACCGCUUUCAGUAUCUACGAUCAGCUCGGAGAAUUCGGCUGGUUCUUUGGUGACUUCUUCUUUGACCAGCAACCAAAAUUGACCUACGGAGGGAUCUACCGGUUCCUGAACAAUCCCGAGCGUGUACUUGGCCUAGCUGGGGUCUGGGGUGUCGCACUCAUUACUAGUAGCAAAGCAGUGUUCUGCCUAGCAAUUCUCAGUCACACCCUCAGUCUAGCAUUCAUUCAAUUUGUGGAGCGACCUCAUAUGCAGAAACUAUAUGGUAGGAGCCUCCGACAAGAUGCAGGACUAGUCAGAAGUCUUCGAAGAUCCCUGCCUCCACCCUUACGGCAGUGGCAGGACGGUAUGGACAAAGUGUUGAGUGAAACUUUUGACAUCAUGGAAGAUGCCCUCGACGCCGCCAGACCAAAGUUGGCAGCAGGAGUCACAAGUAUUGUUGAAGAUUUCAAGGGGAUCUUCCACAAGGUUCCCUCUCGAAUGGUCAUUCCCACAACCGACGUGGACAAAGUUGGGUUCAAUCUCUCCGACUAUAGUCUUGAGAUUGCGGGAACCCCAGCAUCCGCGCUAGCCGACUCUGAACGGUCCAGCGACAAAGAGUCCGCACAGGCAAGAACGCCUCCUGAGCGUACGAAUGACUUCAAGCCACUCUUGUUUGAAUACGGUGCUCCUGUUACGGUCAAGUGGAUCGCCCCUAUUGAUCAUGGCCAGAAGGAUUGGGUUGGACUCUAUAUGGUAUCUGAUAAUUCUAGCAGAGAAGUCACGAGAAUAUCCUCUUCUGGUCGCUGGGUUGCCACUAAUCCCGGUAUCUACGACUCACUUAACUCAGAAGCUGGCAUUGUCAGUAGUGAUAUCAGGGUCACCGUCAAGAGCAAAGAUGGAGUUGAGAAGGAGCUCUGUUCGGGCGAAAUGGUCUUCUCCGGCGACAAGUUGUGGUGGACUCAAGGCAGUUUUGAAUUCCGGUAUCAUCAUGACGGCAAGCACACCGUGAUGGCAAUUUCCCUACCUUUUGAGAUUCGAAUCCCAACCUUUGGUGACGAUGCGAUAGAGAUGUUGAAUCCUAGCAUCUCAUUCUCGACACCAGCUUUGCCACAUACUGACGAGCUCGUCCGAGCGGCGAUUGGCAAGACACUGCUUCCCGUUGUUCAGAACUGCUUCGAUCGAGAUCCAAACAUUGCACCCAGUACGGAAAAGCAAGCAUUUGGCAGUCUCGUAGAACGGGACGGCAAGUACGCUAAGCGCGUUGUCUAUGCCGUCCGUCAUAUGUUCGGAAUCGAAUUUGCCCCACAGGUGGUAAAGGCUGAUGGCAAGGUGGAGAAUUUGGCAUGGAGAAUCUGGGAGGCAAAGAAGGUGCUAGUGCCAUAUUCCAUGUCGCGAUCCAAUGGAGCAAGUACACCUGUUGAGGCUGGGGUGAAGUGA